AUGGCGUCCAUGGCCACAUUUGCUGCCUUGGCGUGCGCUCUCUCUCUCUGUGCGCUUCAAUCUUUGUCUCUCUCAUAUUAUUUGCUGCAGUUUAGACGAUUGAGAAUCCUCAUGUUCUCUUCUUCAAUGUUCCAUGAGUUCUGCCAGGGUGAAGACACCACAUAUUCACAUUACCAAGCAACUGCCAUCGUUGUAUUCUACUGUGGUGCAACUCCAGGCCCUGUUUCGGUGAACUCUUAUCAUGAGGCUGCUACGUGA